CUCUCGAUUCCCUUUCCAAAGACAACGGAGGGCGGCCGCCCAGCUGUGUUUUGGCAGCGUAGGGAACACAGCUGGCUGCGUUGCCAUGGGAACACCCCCUACACCGCGGUAGCAGCAGCAUCCCUCCCUCCGUCUCGCACUCCGAGGCAGUCGUGCGUCCGUGAUGCGUCUCUCCAUCAGAGCACUCCUCUGUUAGUGGGCGUUGAAGACAGGUCUUCCGUCGUUGAUAUUUGAGGCGACAUCUUAAAGAUGGUGAUAAUACGCGCGUCAACGUCGCGUGAAAUACUGUCGUCGGUGUGUUCGUCCUUGUCUUUGGCGUUCGCGAGUGCUGUAGCAGGUGGCUUCUGGGUUUCUGUUGCACAGAAACAGUAGAAGACUGGAGGACUUCAAGGAUUAUAUCGGUGGCAACUUGGUCUUGUGAGAUGAUGUGUGGGGACUCGGUUUCGCGAUAAGGUUCCCAGGAAGAGGAGAGCGAAGUUCUGUGACAGUAGGUCCCUCAGAACUUUGAGUUUCAUGGCUCUAGUCACAUCGAAGACGUGUCUGUGGCUUGGUAGGCAAGGCGUUGACGUUCGAGGAUGUGACAUUGGAUAUGCUGGACGAGUUUCGGAUGCAUUACAUGGUGUUCUUCCGUGAUCAGGUGAACUUCCACCCGAACUACAUCGGUCACUUCGAGACGUGCAACCCACGUGACGUGACGCCUGGCGUCAUGAUCACAUGAUUCGUUCAAUCUGACAUUGCGAACGCCUUCUCACCUGUUCCGCAGCGCGCGAGCGACAGGUGGCUUCGCUCCCAUCCGCGACAGCUGCAUAACGCCAUGGAGACCGUGCCCGACGCACUUUCGAGCGACGACAGCGGUGUCUACGUCGCUCCUUCAUCGCGGAGGAAUAAACGAAAGUCCAGCGAACCUCGGAGACGUCGCGAGGUCCUCAAGCUGAAGUCGUCUUCCCCGGCGUGGAAUGAAAGCGACUCUGAGGCGGAGCGACCCAGCAGCGGUGACAGCGGGAUCCGCGCAGAUGACAAAGUACCUGUCGUUGCUGAUCUUAACGAAGCACCUCGAAAGAGAGCGAUGCGGCAGUCUGUGAUUGAUCCCGUGGUCUUAGAAUGUUCUCCGUCGUUUGCGGGCGUGAAACAGGGUUGUUCCGUCGACCUGGAAGGACGGACGAGGAAGACGCCUUCACCGGGACGCGGGGACCGGAGGACCGUUGGUAGGAAAGAAGAUCCCGCACGGUCAAUCGCAUGCUUGCCUAAGAAGCGACCUUAUGAAGCGCAGGAAGUUGGAGCAAGCCUGUCGAAUGUGCCGGGAAGUGGGGCGAUAGAUACAUGUCUGGACCUCACGGCACACCGUACUCCUCUUGCCAUACCUAAAAAAUCUUCAUCUCGCCCUUCUAGUUCUAGUUCCAAAGACUCGCAAUUAGGUACGACAGAUUUUACGCUCUCGACGAAGCCUUCGACAUCAGCUUCACCCGUUAACACUACCGUAUUAUCACGGACGACCCGCGUAGCCCCCGUUCCUUCUGCGAGUGGUGCCAUAGAGUCCCCGUACACAUGCCGGCUGAUCUCCCCCGGAACAGCUAACUCCUCAGGAAUGUCAUCAUCACCAGAGCCGUCGCCGUUACCCCACACGAGUGCGGCCGGCCCGUCAUUUUCGACAUUCUCCUCUGCACCGUUUCCAGAGGCAUCGACAGAAUCCUAUCACGCAUCUAGAUCAAGAAAGGGCUACGCAACGCAGGGCGAACGUCCAUUUGACGCCAGCGACAUCGAACUCAUUCCCAGGACAGCAAUGAGAUCAAAUCAGGAAGAAGCACGCUGUUCUCCCGCGAAGAAGACAGGCAACGGCAUGUCGAGGCAACGCCGCAUUGAAGCCAACGCUCGGGAACGGACGCGCGUUCACACAAUCAGUGCGGCAUUUGAAGCUCUGCGGCGUGCGGUGCCCGCAUAUGCGGACAACCAGAAACUGAGUAAAUUGGCCAUUUUGCGGAUUGCUGCGGCUUACAUUGUGGCUCUGGCACGCUUGAACGAUCGUGACUAUUCGUGCGACCAGCGAGCACCGUCUUUUGCGGAGUGCAUCGAAGUGUGUACCAGGACGAUUCAAAUGGAAGGCAAGGCCAGGAGAAGACCAAGGGAGUCCUUGGACCUGUCCAGCUGACCGGAAACAAAUCGUCGCGCCAUGAUGUGAAAGUCAUGGACAUUGAAGAUGUGGUAGACCGCCAUAUUCUCGCGUGGUGGUGAAGAUCUUCUCAUAGAAGGUUUUUGUGUGUAGUGUCACAGGAUCGUCGAUCCUCCCGUAAGGAUUCUUGUAGGAAUGUGCAAAGCAAUUCGUCUGAGUCUUUGUGUUGUGGAGGUGUGACUGGUUAUUGUAUUAAGAUGAUAGAGGAGAUAAUUUUACAAAAUGAUGUCAUCAAAUAAAUAUUAUGCGUUUAUAACGCACACGAUG